GUCUUUCGGGUUCAAGCCUGCGCCUCGCAGGCCACAGGUUCCCACGCUCCGCUGUCGGGUUUUGGGGUCGCCCUGUAGGUUAAAACCCCGAACCUGCCCAUUCCUCUCGCGGCGUGGCCCUAAGACGUUCCCAGUCCCGUCGCUCCGAGAGGGUCUAGAGAUCUGCGUCCAUUUCGGAUUAAAAUCGUUCUGAAGUGGGUUCUGGCCCCGACCUUUUUGCUUUAGCCCACACAAUAUGACCUCGGGGAGGAUGCGAGGAAGAUGAAGAACUGUGAUGAUCCACUUCUUCUUAAUGAAUGACUGAUCUUACCUGAGAAAGAAACUCAGAGGAAGAGGAAGGAAAGAAGAAGAGGGAAUGGCUCUUUCUCAGGGACUGUUUACAUUCAAGGAUGUGGCCGUAGAAUUCUCUCAAGAGGAGUGGGAGUGCCUGGACCCUGCCCAGAGGGCCUUGUACAGGGACGUGAUGUUGGAGAACUACAGGAACCUGCUCUCUCUCGAUGAGGAUAACAUCCCUCCAGAAAACGAUAUUUCUGUUGGAUUUACAAGCAAGGGAUUAUCACCAAAGGAAAAUAAUAAAGAGGAAUUAUACCAUCUGGUGAUAUUAGAAAGAAAGGAAAGCCAUGGCAUCAACAAUUUUGACCUCAAGGGAGUCUGGGAAAAUAUGCCUAAGUUUGACAGCCUGUGGGACUAUGAUGCAAAAAAUUCCAAAGGAACGCCUUUGACCUGCAACAAAAAUCUCACUCACAGAAAAGAUCAACAACAUCAGAAAUCCUCAAUACAUUUCUCUUUAAAGCAGAGUGUUUCUAUAAGAGAUAGUGCAUACCAAUAUUUCAUACAUGACAAGCCAUUUAUAAGGAAUUUGUUAAAACUGAAAAAUAACAUAAGGUAUGCUGGAAACAAAUACGUGAAGUGUUUUGAAAAUAGAAUUGGAUUAAGCUUACAGGCACAGCUGGCUAAACUACAGAGAUUUCAAACUGGGGAGAAAAUGUAUGAAUGUAAUCCAGUUGAGAAGUCUAUCAAUAGUUCCUCAGUUUCACCACUUCCUCCUUGUGUCAAAAACAUUUAUAAUAAAUAUAGAAAGAUUUUGAAAUACCCUUUGUUACAUACACAGUAUGGGAGAACACACAUUAGAGAAAAAUCAUACAAAUGUAAUGACUGUGGAAAGGCUUUUAGCAAAAGUUCAAACCUCACUAAUCAUCAGAGAAUUCACUCUGGACAGAGACCUUACAAAUGUAACGAGUGUGGCAAAGCCUUUAACCAGUGUUCGAACCUCACUAGGCAUCAGAGAGUCCAUACAGGAGAGAAACCAUAUCAAUGUAAUAUAUGUGGCAAGGUCUGUAGUCAAAAUUCAAAUCUUGCAAGUCAUCAGAGAAUGCAUACUGGAGAGAAACCUUACAAAUGUAAUGAAUGUGGUAAGGCAUUUAUCCAGCGUUCACACCUUUGGGGUCAUGAAAGAAUUCAUACUGGAGAGAAACCUUACAAAUGUAAUGAAUGUGACAAAGCCUUUGCUGAGCGUUCAAGCCUUACCCAACAUAAGAGAAUCCAUACUGGAGAGAAGCCUUACAUAUGUAAUGAGUGUGGCAAAGCUUUUAAGCAGUGCUCACAUCUCACUAGGCAUCAGAAUAUACAUCCUGGAGAGAAACCACACAAAUGUAAUGUAUGUGGCAGGGCUUUUAUCCAAAGUUCAAGUCUUGUGGAACAUCAGAGAAUUCACACUGGAGAAAAACCUUACAAAUGUAAUAAAUGUGAUAAAGCUUUUAUCAAACAUUCACACCUUUGGGGUCAUCAGAGAACUCAUACUGGAGAGAAACCUUACAAAUGUCCUGAAUGUGGCAAAGCCUUUACUGAACGUUCAAAUCUUACUCAGCAUAAGAAAAUCCAUACUGGAGAGAAACCUUACAAAUGUACUGAAUGUGGCAAAGCUUUUACCCAGUUUGCAAACCUCACUAGACAUCAGAAAAUACACAUUGAAAAGAAACAUUGUAAACAUAAUAUACAUGGUAAUACUUUAUUCCAAAGUUCAAACCUUGGAGAUCAUCAAAAAAGUUAUAAUAGAGAAAAACAUAUCAAAUAUAAUGAGACAAAAAUUAAAUAAUAUUCAAGCUGUACUUAGCAUCAGGGGGCUCCAUUGUGAAAAGAAAUCAUAUAAAACGAAAAUGUGGUAAAGCCUUUAGCUAUGGCUUAUACCUCACUUGAUACCAGAAUAUACAUCUUUGAGAUAAACCACACAAAGAUAACAUGUAUGGCAAGGCUUAUCCAGAAAGUUCAAGCCUUGUGGAACAUCAUGGAAUUCUUACUGUAGAGAAGCCUUACAAGUAUAAUGAAUGUGAACAGCUUUAUAAAAAUAUUUACCCUAUUAUGGUUGUAACAGAAGACAUUCAGGAUGGGAACCAUAGAAAUGUGGCACGUCCUUUAAGCAAUGUUCUGACUUCAGGGUACACCAUUCGUAUUGGAGAGAAGCAUUACAAAUGAAGGUGGUAAAUUAUUUUAAAUUUCUCAAUGGAAAUUCAUCCUUAUAUGCAAGCAUUUUGUCAUACAAAAAUUCAGGCUAGAAAGAACUAAGUCUUUAUUCCUUGAAGAUUAAGUGAUUGAUGUUAAAUUCACAGACAAUUUUAAAAAGUCACAAACUCAUGAGAUGGUGUGUGUCAGAGGAGCAAGGACAUCUGUGGAAAGAUGUAACUUCAGUGUUAAGGAUUUUUUAUUCCGUUAUUUCAUAUUUUUAAAAGUAUGAAAUCUGUUGAUGUUAAAUCUUCAUGGCAUGCUUUUCAUUUAUCAUGAUUGUCUCAAGGAAUGGAUAUAAGAUGGAAGAGACUACUUCCUUAGGUGUGGCUUAUUUAUAUUAUUGAAACCUGGAAAAAGCAAGAACACUAAUUUUUUUUUCUUUUUGGAGACAGAGUCUUGCUCUGUUGCCCAGGCUGGAGUGCAGUGGCACGUUCUCAGCUCACUGCAACCUCUGCCUCCCGGGUUCAAGCGAUUCUUUGCCUCAGCCUCAUGAGUAGCUGGGAUUACAGGCAUGCGCCAUGAUGCCUGGCUAGUUUUUUUUUUCUUUUUUUUUUGUUUUGUAUUUUCAGUAGAGACAGGGUUUCGCCAUGUUGGCCAGGCUGAUCUUGAACUCCUGACCUCAGGUGAUCCAACUGCCUUGGCCUCCCAAAGUCCUGGGAUUACAGGCACUGUGCCCAGCCGAGGACACUAAUAUACAAUAUGCUAUAAGAGCAUGGGGGUUUGUGACAGAAGAGAGGUAAACUAUUGUCUAACGUAUAUGCUUUAUGUGGUCAGGACCCCUUAGAAUUGUUGAUAUGACUGGGGACCUUUGUCGAUUAUAGGAGAGAUUGGUUAUACUACAAGAUGACCAUGAAACAAGAAGAACAGGGUGGGACAUUGAGAGAUUUUCAUGGAAGUAAAAUGGUCGGUUACUAGAGACUGCAUAUGUGGUAGAAAGAAAUGGAGCGGGAAGGAUAGUCACCCUCUCUUGAAAGGUAGUAACUGUUGCAUAUCACAGAUUAUUGAACAUAGGUCAUAUUUUUGGAAACUGAAGAGAGAAUGGUUACCAUAGAAGACAGUUCCAUCAAAAGAACCAGAGUAGUGUUCUUACAGGGGAUUCACAUUUGGCCCCUGAGAUUGCAUUUGAUACCAUUUUAUUUAGAAUAGAUUAUACUUCUCGGCCGGGCGCGGUGGCUCACGCUUGUAAUCCCAGCACUUUGGGAGGCUGAGGCGGGCGGAUCACGAGGUCAGGAGAUCGAGACCACGCUGAAACCCCGUCUCUACUAAAAAUACAAAAAAAAUUAGCCGGGCGUGGUGGCGGGCGCCUGUAGUCUCAGCUACCAGAGAGGCUGAGGCAGGAGAAUGGCGUGAACCCGGGCGGCGGAGCCUGCAGUGAGCCGAGACUGCGCCACUGCACUCCAGCCUGGGUGACAGAGCGAGACUCCGUCUCAAAAAAAAAAAAAAAAAAAAAAAUAUAUAUAUAUAUAUAUAUAUAUUAUACUUCUCAUGUCUUAAUUAGUAAAAUAUAAUCAUUUUUAGUAACCCUGAAUGAAUCAUGUGCCUUCUGUCAACCCAAGCAUAUCCCACCUUAUUGGGACAUUUAAUAUCAAACACUAUAAUACAUUCAUCUAUAACAGUUUCUAUCCAUGUUAUGUUCAAACAGUAUACAAUUUAAGAAAUAUAUAUUCACAAUUUGCACUUGAAAUAUUUUCUCCACACUCUGCCCCAGAUGACUUCUAUGGCUAUAAUGAAAAUGCCAUGCCAUAGUGGGACAAUAUCAGACUCCCUGAAUCCUGCCUUCCCAUUCAUAAAUAUGCACCAUGCGAUUAUAUUUCUACAUGUCUUUUUUCUACAUAACUUUAUUUCUGCAUGCCUUUUACAUGAGAGGAAAAUACAAAUGUAAGCAUAUGAAAAUUAUUAGUAAAUAAAAUUUCUGAAAUAAUAACACAACUUCUUUUUUUGUACUUGGAGCACUCCGUGAAAUAAUUUGAAAAAAAUCAGUGUUCAGAUCACCUCAAGUGAUCUGCCUGCCUAGGCCUCCCAAAGUGCUGGGAUUACAGGUGUGAGCCACCAUACCCAGCCUAGUACCUCACCACUUUUUGUUGCUGAAUAAUAUUCUACAGUUUGUCUGUCCAUUCAUUAUUUGAUGGAGAUUUGAACUCUUUCUACUGUUUGAAAUUAGGCUAUUAUGGCCGGGUGCAGUGGCUGACGCCUGUAAUCCUAGCACUUUGGGAGACCGAGACGGGUGGAUCACAAGGUCAGGAGAUCGAGACCAUCCUGACUAACACGGUAAAACCCCGUCUCUACUAAAAAUACAAAAAAUUAGCUAGCCUGGUGGUGGGCACCUGUAGUCUCAGCUACUCAGAAGGCUGAGGUAGGAGAAUGGCAUGAACCCGGGAGGCGGAGCUUGCAGUGAGCCCAGAUCACGCCACUGCACUCCAGCCUGGGUGACAGAGCGAGACUCUGUCUCAAAAAAAAAAAGAAA